AUGACUCGAGUUUACACCGAACUGUCAAUCAACGCAUCGGCAGACACCAUCUCAAAGAUCCUCUACCAGUUCCAGAACUAUCCCAAGUGGAACACAUUCAUCAAGGAGAUCGAGAGUGAGCUGAACGACUAUUCUGCCAAUCCCGAGCGUCUUGUUGGCCAUGAUAUGGAGGUUGUUUACACCAGAUACAAUGGCAAGAAGCACGCUCCAAUUGAGGUCCAUGUUCUUCACGCUGACAAGUCAAAGCUGCAGUGGGAAGGCCACUUUUACUCCAAUGUUGUCAUGAAGGGAAUUCACACCAUGGAAAUUGAGGUCGUCAACGACCAAAAGUGCAUUUUCAAGAACUAUGAAGAUUACUCGGGAGUGGCUGCUUAUGGUCUUGAAUGGACCACUUUUUACGAUGACAAGGUCCAUGACUACGCUCGAAUGAACAUGGAGCUCAAGAAGGUAGCUGAGUCUGGUGGGGCCAAGCUCUAA